AAAUUUUGAGCUUCUUGAACUGUAAAAAUAACCCAUUUCUCUAGCCUCUUCAAUUCAUAUCAAACCUGUUUGUCCAGUCAGUCAUGCCGCAGCACCUGUGGGAGGGACAGAUCUGUCCGGACACCUGCUCUAGGGACUGUCGCGGACUAUCGUUCGCUGUGGCACAAUAGUAUUCUUGUGUGGGAUCUGUGUUGACUUUGGGAGAGACGGAGACAAAUUCACAAAACAGCCUCUGUUCAACACAUUUUGUAAUCUGGAGAUCCUAAAGAUACCAGAUGAUGUCAAUCGAAGAGGCACUGAGUUUGAAGGUAGGCCUUGAAAUACAUCCACAGGAACGAAGUGAGGGCAUGGCAGCUCGUGUGGACGUGGCCUCUGGUGAGGUGGGCCAAGUAGGAGAUGCAGGUAUCAAGCCUGAGCUAGGCCCCAAACCCUGCCUGAUUCCCAAACCCUUUUCACUGCAGAGGAACACCACAUUCCGCUCCAUCCUAGCCCCAAAGACACUCACAAUGACUCCACAACCAUCUCAGGCCACGCCCACUACCUCCAGCAAACCAGAGCCUUGUCAGCCUAUUAGUGCCCCUGUGACUGACUCAAGCAGCAUUGUGAAACUCGAUGCAGAGAGCACCACGAUACCUGAACUGACCAAUGCUCUCGAAGUUCCUUCAGCCAUAACACCCCAAACUGAAUCGACCCACACUACUGAACAAAACCAAACUGCUCUUUCCACAUCCCUUACUACCCCAAAAUCUGAGCCACCAGCUAAUACCACAUCUGACCCAACUGGAAACUCAGAGGUAAAUCAAGUCAGUCUUUCUGAACUGGACGAACAUGGCCCCUCUGAUACAGGCCACUCCACCACUGGAACUGAGCCUGUACCAUCACCAUCAGUCACCUCAACUCCUCUUCAACCGCAGUCUGAAAACACUGUGAGUGAGCCCACUCCUGCGGUCGUCAGGCGCCACGCUGGGAAGGAUCAGGCAGCCCACUUGGGUGGAGGCAGGAAGCGGCUGUCCAUGGAGCUCACCUCCCGGUUUGAGUUUGCUGGCCUCUCACUCCCCUCACAGCCACCAGCUAACCAGGAACGGGAACAGGUGACCAUGAGAGAGACUGCAGUCCCCAAAGUGUCAGUCCUCGGGGCAAAAGAGGAAGAGAAGGUCACUGAUUCACCAGGGUCACCGUCUGAACCAGAGUGCAGACUCAAGCACUCAACACCACUGAAGGAAGAGAGGGAUGGAGAAGGGGUAAAGGAGGAAGGAGAAAAGAAAGGGAGCAGCAUACAACUGAGGAUCAGUCUGCUGCUGGACUCCUCCUCGAGACCAGAGGCUCUGACCAAUAGGGAGGAAGUACCUCGUCCAAUGAAACAUGCAGUUAGUUCUGGUGGUGUGAAACAGCGGAUCAAAGACUGGGCAGCAGACACACCUCCUGUUCAGGCAUCCAAUAAGAGGGUGGAUGUUGCCCCUCAACCAUUCCCUGUCAGAGUUCACCCUGUGUUGAGUGUCACUGGGGGGUCGUUGGCGAUGAGCAAAAGCGUUCAGCUAGCUCCUCGAGAGGACAAGGCUUCCACCCUACUUCACGCUGGACAUUCUGGGAUAGUAGAUGAGGAGGAGGAUGAUGAAGAUGAGGAGGAGGAAGAGGAGGAGGGAGAGAAGGAGGAGGACGUGGUACCACUCUACAAAACAGUAGGGAUACAUCUUGGACAGGAAGAUGGAGGGAAAAAACAGGAGCUAGUGGUUGAUCAAAUAGGGAAAGAGAUGGAGGCUAAGGUAAAAGAGGAGGAAAAACUUGCAGAAGUGUAUAAAUUAAAACAGCUGGAACUAGACGAGAGACAGGCAGAAGAUGAGAGGGAGAGAGAAAGACAAAAGGUAGUGGAGAGGGAAAGGGAGAGACAGAGAGAGGAGGAAGAGAGAAAGGGUGAAGAAGAAGAGGAGAGAAAAAGACAAAGAGAAAUGGAGAGGGAAAUGAAGAGACAGAGGCAGAGAGAGGAGGAAAGGGAUAGGGAGAGACAGAGAGCGAAAGAAGAGAGAGAGAGAAAGAGGAAAGAAGAGGAGAGAGAAAGACAGAUAGAACUUGAGAAGGAAAGGGAGAGACAGAGAGAGGAGGAGAGGGAUAGGGAGAGACAGAGAGAUGAAGAAGAGAGAGAGAGAAAGAGGAAAGAAGAGGAGAGAGAAAGACAGAUAGAACUUGAGAAGGAAAGGGAGAGACAGAGAGAGGAGGAGAGGGAUAGGGAGAGACAGAGAGAUGAAGAAGAGAGAGAGAGAAAGAGGAAAGAAGAGGAGAGAGAAAGACUGAUAGAAUUUGAGAAGGAAAGGGAGAGACAGAGAGAUGAAGAAGAGAGAGAGAGAAAGAGGAAAGAAGAGGAGAGAGAAAGAUUAAUAGAAAUCGAGAAGGAAAGGGAGAGACAGAGAGAUGAAGAGAGAGAGAGAAAGAGGCAAGAAGAGGAGAGAGAACGACUGAUAGAAUUUGAGAAGGAAAGGGAGAGAGAGAGAGAGGAGGAGAGGGAUAGGGAGAGACAGAGGGAUGAAGAAGAGAGAGAGAGAAAGAGGAAAGAAGAGGAGAGAGAAAGACUGAUAGAUUUUGAGAAGGAAAGGGAGAAACAGAGAGAGGAGGAGAGGGAUAGGGAGAGACAGAGAGAUGAAGAAGAGAGAGAGAGAAAGAGGAAAGAAGAGGAGAGAGAAAGACUGAUAGAAUUUGAGAAGGAAAGGGAGAGACAGAGAGAGGAGGAGAGGGAUAGGGAGAGACAGAGAGAUGAAGAAGAGAGAGAGAGAAAGAGGAAAGAAGAGGAGAGAGAAAGACUGAUAGAAUUUGAGAAGGAAAGGGAGAGACAGAGAGAGGAGGAUGAGAGAGAGAGAAAGGGGAAAGAAGAGAAGGAGAGAGAAAGACAGAUAGAACUUGAGAAGGAAAGGGAGAGACAGAGAGAGGAGGACGAGAGAGAGAGAAAGAGGAAAGAAGAGAAGGAGAGAGAAAGACAGAUAGAACUUGAGAAGGAAAGGGAGAGACAGAGAGAGGAGGAAGAGAGAAAGAGGAAAGAAGAAAAGGGAGAAAGACAGAGAGAAGUGGAAAGGGAAAAGGAGAGACAGGUAGAGGAAGGAGAGAGGGGGAAGCUUAGGAUGAAAGAGGAGAGAUUGAGAGAGAAGGAAAGGGAGAAACUCAAAGAAAAAGAGCGAGAAAUGGAAAUACAGAGAGCGGAGGAAAGGAUGCAGGAAGAUGAGAUAAAGAGAGAAGAAGAUCGGGAGAAAGAAGAAGCAGUGUCCCCAAUCCAAUUCAUCACUCUUAAACCUGACCAACCUCCCAAGCCAGAGCCUCCUCCCUCAACUACCAUCCCCAUCAUAGAACCAAUACCAAAAGAAGAGAAGCAGCCUCACAUCGAGGUGGUCUACGACGACUUCUCUGUCAAAGAGGAGAAGCCUCUUAUCAAGAUGGUCUAUGAUGAUUUCUCCGUCAAGCCAAGGCGGUGGGGGUCUCAGGCCAGGUUCCUUGCUGACCGUGCCCAGGUCAAGUCACCCUCCCCUAGAACAGAGGAGCCUGAGUCACUGGGCUCCUCGGAAUCCGACCUCCAGAGAACCGUUGUUGACAUCCAGGAGCCAGCCCAAGAGAGUCCAGUCAGCGGCAAACCUCACCCAGCUGAGAGGGAUCUAGAGGGGGGAGUCCCGACCCCAAAGGAUGGGACAGAGAAUAAGAAGGAGAAGAGAAAGAAGGAGGAAGAGAAGUAUAAGGAGGAGGGCACCAGCAUGGACAUGGAGGAGCACAGAGAAAGGGAGAGACGGAGGCAACAGCAGAGCAGCACCUUGGUCCAGCCUCACCUUCCCGUGGGAUUUUCCACCUUCCUUCCUAACACAGAGCCCAGCUUUGAUUGUUGUUCUCUGAGAACGUUCACCCAACUCUGUGGAGAUAAAAGCAGAGAAUUAAGCUCAACUCACCUGGUUGUGCAUGAAUGGAUGCAAGGAGAAGUCAAGAUCCCCAUCUGGUUUUCUCAUUUUUCUAAAAGAAAUGGAAGGAAGGGUCUGAGAGAACCUGGGAGUUCUGGGGUCUUUAACUGCGGGAGAGACAGACAGGUUUGGUUUGUGAACGAGGGAAUGUGUCAGAGCAAGAGAGAAAGAGAAAGAGACUUAAUAUAUAAAGAACAUGCAAGAGCUUAAGUGGUUGUACAUAGAUGAAGAGUAGAUAUAGGCUCGGUAGUCCCUCUGGCUGGCUGAGUUUGACAUUGAACGUGAACAAUACAAUAAGGAAAAUAGUCUAUCAGCUGCAACAGGAGUCAUAGAUUGAUAUCUUACUGUGUGUUUUCACUUUCAGACGGGUUCUUAGUGUUUGACAGAGUCUAGUUGUCACUGUGUGCUCAGGUUUGCCUAGUCCCAUCCAUUGUGGUGAGCCCUGCGGUGUCAGAGGAAAGUUUUGUUGUAUUCAGAGCACAUGGUUGGCCAGUUCACAUGAUUGGCAGGGCUAAACAGGAAGAGUUGUUUCAGUAAGUGGGAGUGAGGUGUACACAGAAGCAUGCUUUGAACCUAAAUUGGACUUUGAUUAACUCAAACUGGACUGGUUACUGUGGACCUUCCGUGAGGAGGACAUGUUCUAUCACUGCCAUAUUUGAACCUUUGUCCUCUGAAACCAGGAAGUUAAUAAAACACAUCCAGGGAAGGAGGACUUCUCAACCCCCACACCCCAAACCUUAAUCCAACCCCGAAAAGUCUUGACCCUUAGUUAGCACAUUCCGCUGGUUUCCAUAUUAACCCGGUCACCCCUGUGACCACUCAGCAUUAUCACGGUGGUAGCCAAUAGACAUGCAGAACCUGGGCGGUAAACUGUCCUCCGCCCAGGUCCAGGUCUCUAGCUGGGUGGGCAGCGUGCGUCGUUCCCUACAGGAGGCACUGAACUUAGUCUGGAAAAAUGAUGAUGAAGAGGAUGAGGUGGUGAAAGAAGAUCAAGAGAAGGAGAAGGUAGUGGAGGAGGAGGGAGAAGGUGGGGACGGGAGGUUCCAGAGGGCCGUGUCUCCACUGCGUAGCUUUGCCUCCCAGAGCCGGCGAUCCCUGAGGUGGUUCUCGGUCCGGAGUUGCCAGCGGAUCAAGCUAAGUAGACGGGCAGCAGACACCAGCGCUGUAAGAGAACUCAUCUGAACAACGUCAUUAUCUGCUCUUGAACCAGACUGUUUUUAGAAUAAACAUAGACCUAAAAGUUCUACUUCGCCAAACAGCUUAAUUACCUAAAUAGUCUGUAGGGCCACUACCACUUCUUUCUCCCCCUCCAUCUCUCCAACACGUUUCUACCUCUUUCUGCUUAUUCCUAUCCUUCUUCUCGCCCCUCAGAGGCUUGUGUAGGCCUAUGGUGUGCGUGUGUGUGCGUGCCGUGCUUAUCAGUGUGCAUUUCCCUCUGUCAGUGGUGUGAAUGAGAGUCUGGGGAAAGUGACAGGAGGCCUGAGGGAAAGAGAUAAGAUCCAUGGAAACACUGUAGCGUUGCACCCUGAACACUCACAAGCGAGGUCCAAACUGCCUCUGGAAAUCCUCUGGAGUGACGAAUUAUGCUUUACCAUCUUGCAGUCCGACGGACGAAUCUAGGUUUGACGGAUGCCAGGAGAAGUAGGAGGAAUAAUGGUCUGGGGCUGUUUUUCAUGGUUAGGGCUAGGCCCCUUAGUUCCAGCAAAGGUCAAUCUUAAUGUUACAGCAUACAAUGACAUUCUAGAGGAUUCUAUGUUUCCAACUUUGUGGCAACAGUUUGGGGAAGGACCUUUCUUGUUUCAGCAUGACAAUGCCCCCGUGCACAAAGCAAGGUCCAUACAGAAAUGGUUUGUUGAUAUCAGUGUGGAAAACUUGACUGGCCUGCACAGAGCCCUGACCUCAACUCCAUCGAACACCUUUGGGAUGAAUUGGAAUGCCGAAUGCGAGCCAGGCCUAAUCGCCCAACAUCAGUGCCCGAUAUUAAUGCCCAUGAUUUUGGAACGAGAUGCUCGACAAGCAGGUGUCCACCUACUUUUGGACAUGUAGUGUAUCAAACAGGGUUGUGAAGGACAUACAGCUCUGUCCCAAUGGACCUUAGUCAAAAGUAGUGCACUCUAUAGUUAAUAGGUUGCCAUUUGAGAUGGAGCCGAAACACACCCAGUCCUCCUGUCUGUCACUGUACUUCCUCUAUGAGGCCAUAGCCUACUGUACUGUAGGCAAAUCCCCUGAGAGAGGCUCAUUCAGCCACACAGUGACAAGGCCAGCCAGACCAGAGUGAUGCAGCACAAUAUGAAGCAUUGUGCAAAUGAAGUCACACAGAGAUAAUAUCUCACUCACUCUUUCUCUCUCUGUGUGUGUAGCCUGACCCACCUCACCCAAUCAAUCAGCACAAAGCAGUAAAUUAGUUAUGAAGGAAGAUGUUUACUAAAUCAAAAGCUGUUCUUCUCCCACUGUAUUUACACAGAGGUUGUUUUUGUUGCCGGUAACAUAAAAACGACGGUAGGUUGGCAUGUGUGCCUUGACAAACACUAGUAUGAGGUGAGGUUCAAAGAAUGUGUGUGUGUGUGUGUGUGUGUGUGUGUGUGUGUGUGUGUGUGUGGGUGCGUGCGUGCGUGCUCAUGUGGUGUUUGUGUUUGACUGUCAGUGUGUGUGGUGUUUGUGUUUAACUGUGUCUGUCUGUGUGUGUGUGUGCGUGCGUGUGUGUGUGUGCUCAUGUGGUGUUUGUGUGUGCGUGUGCGUGCAUGCUUGUGUGGUGUUUGACUGUGUUUGUGUAUGUGUGUGUGUGUCCGUGCUCGUGUGGUGUUUGCCUUUGUGUGUGUGUGUGUGUGUGCAUGCGUGCUCGUGUGGUGUUUGUGUAUGACUGUGUCAGUGUGUGUGUGUGUGCGUGUGCGUGCUCGUGUGGUGUUUGUGUUUGACUGUGUCAGUGUGUGUGUCUGUGUGUCUGUGCGCGUGGUGUUUGUGGAGGACAGUGUACCCUCUUGUGACCAGCUCAUUAAAAGAUGCAUGCUUGGCUCAUUGUUCGACCUCUUCCUUUUGUUGUUGUAGUUACCGUUCUUGGCUUAUUGUGUUCUCCCUAUCACCGUCAGUGGUGUAAAGUACUUAAGUAAAAGUAUUUUGGGGGGAUAUCUGUACAUUACUUAACUAUUUAUAUUUUAGAAAAUUUUACUUCUACUUCACAACUUUCCUGAAGAAAAUAUUAUACUUUUUACUCCAUACAUUGGAGUUUGGAGUAAAAAGUGUUGGAGCCCCUGGCUUUAUGCACAUUUUUUAAAACAAGAAAAUGGUGCCAUCUCGUUUUCUUAAUAUAAGAAAUUUGAAAUGAUUUAUACUUAUACUUUUGCUUUUGAUAAUUAAAUAAAACAUCCUGUCAGGAUUUGGCCAGGGUUGUUCCGGUUGUUGGUCACUAGAUGCCCCCAUUGUGCUUUUUGUCCUUAU